UUGUAUUUCCACUGUAUGUGUGUAAGUGGUGUUAUGAUUAUUAACAGGUAGGCAUGCAAACAUCACAGAUACCUCAAGGUGAGCCAAUGGAGUCAAGGAAAUGGGAGCUUGUUGAGCAUGAACCGUACCUGCCUGUUACGGAGAGAUCAAACCCUCUCACCAGAGACAUAGACAGAGCAGAUUCUGAGCACAUAGUCCACUUGUUGAAAGCAUGCGAUGCAGAAAUAUUUCACAGAGAUUGGGGAAGGCUAUUAAAUCAGCAGACUCUGUAUAGUAAAUCCAUUGUUCAGACUCUGGUUCAGUUGACCAAUAAGGUGGAAGACAUUCUAAAGGAUCCGGAAGAAAGCCUCGUCGUUAUUAGCGGGUGUGGAACCUCUGGUCGGCUUGCCUUUCUCUUGGCGAGAUCCUUCAAUGGACUACUGAAAGAGACACGGAAGGAACAGGUUUACUCCUACAUCAUUGCUGGUGGAGAUAAGGCCCUACUGACAUCCCAGGAGUCCAUUGAGGACAACCCCACAAAGGGUGCUGAUGUUCUGAAGAAGAUGUGUGAAGGAAAAAAGCAUGUCUUAUACAUUGGAAUAUCCUGUGGUCUCUCGGCACCUUUCAUUGCUGGCCAGUUAGAUUUCUGUAUAAAUAAUCUGAAUGUCUUCACACCAGCUGUGGUUGGAUUCAAUCUGGCAAAUAUGGCAAGGAAUGAGCCCAUUCCCAGUUGGCACUUGACCUUCAGACAAGUCAUAGAGAGGAUGGAGGAGCUGCAGAAAAGAAAAAAAGCUUUCAUCAUUAACCCUGUUGUUGGGCCUGAAGCCAUAAGUGGAUCUUCGAGACUGAAAGGCGGAAGUACAACGAAAAUCAUCUUGGAAACAAUUUUCCUGGGUGCACAUGAAGCUGUUUCGGCCUACAAGAGAAUUACAGCAGAAGACGUUAUGGACCGGAUAAGAAUGUAUGAACAAGUUCAUAAAAUCACGUAUUCUCAAAGCGAAAUGAUUGCAUCCCUGGUUCAGCAAGCUGGAGACAGCUUGCGGAAAGAAGGGCAUGUGUAUUAUGUCGGAUGGAGCACUUUAGGCAUAAUGGGAAUUAUUGAUGCAAGCGAAUGCAUUCCAACAUUCGGAGCAGAUGCUAAGGACAUUUGUGGAUUCAUAAACCAAGGUUAUAAUGAAAUGAAGAACAAGGAUGGAGACCUAACAGCAUUAGGGCCAGAAUUCUGCAUUAGUCACAUGGAUUUUGUAAACACUAUUUUACCCAGUGUCACAGAACUUGAUACGGUAAUUUUUCUGUUUACACAGGACGAUGGUCUGUGCGAAAUUGAAACUCUGGCCAAUCGAACAAAACAGAGAACCUCGAACCUGCACGCCAUUUCCCAUGACUUGUUGGGCAGCGAAGAUUUGACUAUGCUCAGAAGUGCGUUUGCUUCUGUUCUGAACAUUACAUGGACGACAGAAAAUUAUGCUCAUAAGAAGGUGAUGCAGGAAUUGUCCACCAAGUGGAUUUUGAAUGCCGUGAGCACAGGCGGGCACAUCUUAAAGGGAAAAAUUUUCCGCAACUACAUGAUGGACUUGAAAGUCACGAACAGCAAGCUGUUUAAAAGAGCUGUAAAUAUUCUACAGAUGAUUACUGGUUGUUUACCUACGGUUUGCAUCAGAGCUCUUCUUCAAGCCGUCUACGAUACUGAGGACGUAACAGACGACAUGACGGCUGCAGAGGUCACAAAACACACUACACUGGCACCCACAAGGAGCAGGGUGGUACCAACUGCACUUGUGAUCCUUACCCGGAACUGCUCACUGUCUGAAGCCAAGUCACUGCUAGAUGCUUACAGUUUGAUCAGAGAUGCUGUGGAAGCCUGUCUUACAGUCUGUGAAGGUGCUGACAAUACAAUGCAUCACAGCAAUUAA